AUAUAUGAAAUAAAUAAAUGUUUUAUUUGGUAUUUUUCAGUAUUUAUUAGAUUUUAAUUGAAAUUCAAUUUUCAUAUAAAAGCAGACUUCUCACAAACCUUUCAGCCUACAAUUGUGACCAUAUACAAUGUCAUUAAAUACAGGUAAACUCGCUGGUAAAACUGCAUACAUAACUGGAGCUAGUAGAGGUAUUGGUAAAGCUAUUGCUUUAAAACUUGCAAAAGAUGGUGCAAAUAUUGUCAUUGCUGCAAAAACUGCUGUUGCAAACCCUCAACUUCCAGGAACAAUAUAUACUGCUGCAGAAGAAAUUGUUGCUGCUGGUGGAAAAUGUUUACCUUGUGUUGUUGAUAUUCGAGAUGAAAAUGCUGUGCUAGAUUCCGUUGCAAAAACUGUGAAGGAGUUUGGGGGAAUUGAUAUUUUAGUCAAUAAUGCAUCAGCAAUAAGUCUUACUGGAACAUUAGAAACUUCAAUGAAGAAAUAUGACUUGAUGAAUUCUAUAAAUGCUCGUGGGACAUAUCUUUGCUCUCAAGCCUGUUUGCCAUAUUUAAAGAAAAGCAAAAAUCCCCAUAUCCUUAAUAUCAGCCCACCUUUAAGUAUGAAAUCUAUCUGGUUUAAAAACCAUUCAGCCUACACAAUUGCUAAAUAUGGUAUGUCAAUGUGUGUGUUAGGAAUGUCUGAAGAAUUUAAAAAGGAUGGUAUUGCUGUCAAUGCCCUAUGGCCUAGAACAACUGUUGCUACAGCUGCUGUAAAUAUGUUGGGAGGAGAUAAACUUAUGAAAACAAGUCGUAAACCUGAUAUAAUGGCUGAUGCAGCGUACGUCAUUUUGACAAAACAUUCAGGAUCAUACACUGGAAAUUUUGCUAUUGAUGAUGACGUAUUAAAAGAGGUUGGUAUAAGUGACAAAGAGUUGGAAAAUUAUUCUUAUGUACCAGGAAGUAAACUUACGCUUGAUUAUUUUGUUGAUGGAGCCGAGAGUUUUUUUAUGGGAAUGGGCACAAAAAAGAAAGCACCAAGUAGUAGCUCAUCUUUGAGCACCAAAUCUUUGUUUAAUAAAAUGCAGACUCUCAUUAACCCAACUAUAAUACAAGAUGUACAAGCUAUUUUCAAGUUUGAGCUUAGUGGUAAAGAACCUGGUACAUGGAUUGUAGAUUUAAAAAAUGGCUCUGGUUCGAUUGUUGAAAAUCCGUCAAAUGCAGUCGAAGCAACCUGUACUUUGGUUAUUUCUAGCGAAGAUUUUGCAAAAAUGGUCAGCGGUGAACUUAACUCAAUGCAAGCAUUUAUGAAUGGCACACUUAAAAUUAAAGGAAAUAUGGCUGAAGCAUUAAAAUUAGAAAAACUUAUGAAAUCUUUGAAUAAAUCUAAGUUAUAAAUAAAA